GAGAAAUUCAAAGCAUCAAAUUGGUGAACAGGAAUACUUUAAUUUGUGGCGUCAAUCAAAAUGGAAAACCUGCCAUGUGAAAUGAUUGAGCACAUCUAUUCAUUUCUGCCGUAUAGCGACCACUUGCGAGCCACAGAAGUUUGCUUCCGUUGGAAGGAAAUAUUCGAAAAACGUGUAUUGAAAGAUACUUUGCUGACGAUUGCAAAAAAGCAUUGUGUCAUCAAUAAGCACAGUUUCCACAAUGGUUUACAAAGGUUGGCGAAAAGCACAAGAAUGUAUCAAGAUUUGAUGUUCGAGGAUAUAGACUUUGCAUACCUAGAUAGACAAACUGUAAUUCAGCUGUCUAUUCUAUUAGCAAACAUGGGAUUAUAUGUACUGAAUUUAACUCUGAAAGAUUGCCGUCUAACAGAUGGGAAACUAUUCUUAAUAGUUCAUCUAAUGAAAGAAAUGCAAACCAUAUGCAUUGAUAGCUGUGAGAUAUAUAACCACUCGAUUUUUGUACCUGAAUUAGAGCCUAGAAGUAACAGCAUACAAUUAGUUAGCAUUUGUAACGUUAAAGCUGAAAAUGAGGCUUCUAUAGUUGAUCUGCUGACUAGUGGUAAUUCGGCCGAAAUUCAUGUGACAGUGGAUAAGGCUUAUAUUGAUCCAAGAACAGAUGUAAUCGAGAGGUACGCAGGAAAUAUAAAAGUGUUGUCCUGUUUGUUCAGCGAAACUCGCACAAUUCGAACCAUAUUUGGGUGUCCUGCAUUAAAUCUCGAAUCUUUGAAGUUGCAUCGGAAUCCAUCGAAUGAGCUACACUAUGUCACGCUUCUGGAAACAAUAUCGACACAAAGAAAUCUGCGGAAACUAUCCAUUAACAUGCCCAUCUCACUACGUGUACUUGCUCAAAUAGCCCAGACCAUGUUUUUACUUGAAUUUUUGGAAGUCACUAUCAAUGACGAUGUUGAGUUAAGAACUACAAAAUGGCCAAAACUCAAGGUACUAUCUUUAUCUCAUUCCAGCAAUAUGAAUAGUAUACUUAAUGGCAUGGAUUUUGAAAACCUUGAGGAACUUCGAUUACAUACGAAAAAACUGACUAGAAACACAAUGGAGACCAUCUACGAAAAAUGUGCUGGACUAAAGAAGCUGACUCUUACCGCGCUAUCAAUGGUGCGAUGUGAAAGUAUUCUCGCAUCAAUCGGAGAUCGAUUGGCUGAUUUGGUUGAAAUUGACCUACAGUGUAGCUCACGAACAACAUUCAUCCCUUUUUUCAAGUCCAUCGUAACACUAAAGCAGCUCGACUCAUUAUCCAUCUGUUGUUGUGAUUUUAUAACGAAUAAGACACUAAUACAGAUACAUUUGCCUUACCUCAGCACAUUGAAAAUUACACGAAAUUUUAAGAUUUCGAAAGAAGGAUUACAAGAUCUGUUCAGCAACUGCCCGAGAAUUGUAUCGCUCACUAUUCGAAAAUGCCCUGCCAUUGAUGAUGAAGCUGUAAAGAUAGUAACAACCUGCUUGCCUCAGUUGAAAGUUCUCGAUAUUAGUGAGUCCCCUAUCAUUACUUUGAACAGUAUUCGAUACAUAAUGGAAAAUUGCAACUUUCUGAAGGACUUGCAAAUUGAGAACUGCCGACGAUUGUUGAUCCAGUGGCGAAAUGCACCAUAUUACAUAAGCAGCAUCCAUUCUUUGAGGAGCUAUUACAAUAUGUACCCAGAGUUUUUCCAUUUCCAUCUACUCUCAGAACCAGCACAAGAGUGCGACAGCGAUUAUUGCUUCUAUAAUGACAGUGAAGCGGACAUUUCCGAUGAUUUUAUAGAAAAUUAUUAUCCUGAGCCUGCGAACUCAGCAGAGCAGAGCAGCGAAGAAGCUGAUGAUAUUAUUAUUCUAAGUGACGAGGAGUGAUUUGUUUUGUUGUUUUGAUCGUUAUCAGUUGUGUUUGUUAUAAAUACAAAAGUGCAAUUUUACAGUAUCGAUCAAUGUAAUUCAAGCUGAUGUAUGUAUAAUGUAUUUAGCUAAUCUUAAGAAAAGACUUCUUUUUUUUGUUAGUUCAAUGAAAAGAUGGAAAUUCGGCUUACACUUCCAGAACACAACUAUCAGUUGCUUCUGAAUUUAAUUCCUUUUUAUAUGUACAAUACUGUUUGUUUGUGUGUAAAUGAGUUCAGUUUCGAACGCCUUUGGAUACGGUUGUUUUAAGUUUGUUCUCUGUUUUGUGCGUGCGUUCGCAUUCAUAGUUUUCGGUUGCAUUUGCCGGAUUAGCUUCCGGACGGUUAUACGUGUGUGAUUGGUGGUUUUCUCGCUUUCCGAGAAGUUUUAGAAUCGAGAAAGAAAACAUGAUUCAUCAUGUUUGCAAGCAACAGAAGAUUUGACGCUAUCUGCGUUGUUUGAUUUUUUCUCCCGGACCAGAAAUUUGUGGCAUCGCGAGUGAUAAUUUUAAUUUUAGUUUAUUUACGCGGUGAUAAUGUUGGUUCACUCGCAACUAUUUUUGAAAAAAAAAUUAAGUGUGUUCGAUCGAAAGUGUACCAAAAGUGCUCCUAAACGUGUUUCGCAGUUGGAUGUGGUGAAAUUCGUUCCAUGCCGGAACCGGAAGUAUACAUCGUGGCUGCGAUGUUCUAUGUUCAUUUUUGUUAGCAUCGCAUAAUGUGGAAUGUUUAUAAGGAGCACAAUAUUACACAACCAGCAGUAUGUCCUACGUUCAGCUAUUUGGAUGUAAUAUUAAACUACUUUUUUUAGACCAACAAUUUUCUCCUACGGAAUACUUUAAACCAAACUCUCUCAUUGUAAGUUAUUGUGUGUGGCAGGAUAAUUUCUCAAAAUGGGAUUAUAUUGUCACGCUAAUGUUAAAUUCUCAUUUGGUGACGGUCGAAGCGAGCCGCUCAUAAGCGCGCUGCAACCCCGCCCUUAUGGGGUGUUUACACUUAUGCUAUUUCACUAGCGCUAAUGAGCUAGCUGCUAGUAAAAACGUUCACUAGCAUAAUGUAAACAGGACAUCAGCGUCCAGCAGCAUGAGAUUUCAGGAGCAACUGAAAUUCGUGCUAGUUGGCUAGUACACUAGCGCUAGCAAAUCCGCACAAAUGUAAACACCCCAUUAAGGGUUAUACACGAUACGAAAAUCAAUUAUUUUAUUCAUGUAUUUCACUUAUACAUUUUUGCCAAAACAUCAGCCUUAUACAUUACAUAAGACAAACCACAUAGGUCCAGUAAGAAUGCAUAAAAGGUAUGUGUGACCGCUUAUAAAUUUCAUUUUACACAUGAUCUUCAUUAACUUUUUGCAAGGCGUCUGCUUAUUAGUUGACUCAUACAUUUAAUAAAUAAUCAGCAAUAUAAAUUUGCCCAAAAGGUAUAAGGAGAUUUCUAUCCGUGUACACAGGUGUGUAACUUAGAUAGUAUUUUAUGGCAGCGGCUUGAGGAGCGGAUCAUGGAUAAAGAGCCGCCGUGUGUUAAAUCAGUGGGCGCAGUCGUACGGCCAUACACAGAAAACAGAUGGUAUAAUCCCAUUUUGAGAAAUUAUCCUGCCACACACAAUACCAUCUGUUUUCUUAUAGUUGAAGAUGCUAAUUUCAAAUAACAGACUGUAGUGGUAAUUUUUAUACGAUAGAUGGAGUAGAUGAAAACAUAGAGUUGAUAGUUCCGUUAGAGUACGGCAGUGUGAAGAUUGCAUAUAGAUAUUAGAAUAGCGAGCUAGGACAACUUUUAAGGAAGGUACAAAUCGGUUUUUUCAUCUCUCUUUACCAAACUCCCCCUUUGGAGAGGGAUGGUGAGGGGUGUUGCGUCGGGAUGUUUUGGCAGAAACACAAAAGGCAACCACCACCACCAUCAGAAACACAAAAGGCAGACCACCAUCGUACAUAAUAACAUUUUGCAUAAAUUACAGAGGCGGAAUGAACCAAAACUCUUCAUACAAUAGAAGAAAUCCCCAUAUCGUAUUUAUUAUAGAUACUAUAGAUUCCAUAGAUAAGUGGAGGCACAAAAAGUUGUUUUGGCAACCAUGAAAAAUAAAUGAUCUUACUGGUAUCCGUGAAAAAAAUGUCAUGCCAUUAUAGAGCUCUUCGUUGUGCAGUUUUGUUUUGUUUUGUUUUAUUUCGUGCGCAAAAGUUCAAAAUGAAGUGCAAAGCAAAUCUUUGCAACAAUCAAUCGAGAAAUGGGUUGCUUUAUAUUUCCUUCUUCCGUUGUCCGCGAAAUAAAUCGGAAUGUGGAGUGUGGAAAGCGUUUUGAGCCAAUAAUAUUACAAUACUUCUCCCGCAAACAACACCCCUCCCCUUGACUAGUUUUUAACCUGGACGUUGGCUAAUCUUAUGCUUCAUAGUGGAGCGUUGAAGACGGUUGGUUUAGGUCCGGCAUCGUCGUAGUACACUUACGUAUAGGCACUGACGUUUGGUGCGAUACUGGCGGGUUUUCCGCAAAUCACUCUUAUUUUAUUUAUUUUUACACAUAUAGAUUUAUUUGUCCUAAUAAAAAAUAACCAUAAACGAACGAUAUCCCAAAUCAUUGAACUAUUCCACAAAUGGUUUGGAUGAUACCCAGAACACGUCGUUAAGCAAAUUAACCAUACCAUUUUUAUUAGGGUGGGUUUGUACGGGAAUUAUACUAUUGAAAUAUUUCAGAAAGUGCCCAACAGUGCU